CGUUGAAUGUCCUCUGGGAAGGGCGGCUCACCUCCUUUUCCUCCAGCCUUCCUGCGCGCGAAUUAUGAAUUGAUGGCUGACUGAAGACUUGCCCAGUACGAUGGCACCGCCAGCGCGGAGGAAUAAGAAAGCAGUUGAUUAUUCUCAGUUUGGCAGUGCAGAUGAUGAUAAUGAUGAUGAUGAUUUUGCAGAUGCAGCUAUACCUUCAAGCAAAAAAUCAAAGAGGGUAUGUUCUGGGUCAAUGAAAGAGAAAACGGUACAGCAAAAGAAGCCCUCCAAAGAGGAGAUUCAGUUACAGAAGGCAACACCCAACAAAAGAGUUGCCUUGGAUCACAGACUUUAUCAGAGAGAUUUGGAGGUCGCCUUAGCAUUAUCAGUGAAUAAAUCACCAGGAAGCAACCAUAAAGUACAAGAUUCUCGAGAUGUGCGCCACUGUCGCUGCUGUCAUCUGCUGCUGUUCGGCUGGAUCUCACAAGCAUUUCAAAAAUUAAAACGUGAAGCUUUAUCAAUGGCUUCCGAAUGUGGAUUGGCGAAUCGAAGUCCAGAAGCCAAAGUUCGUGAUGCCGCUGAGCUCCCAAUUCGCCUGACUCAUGCAAGUGCUCGUUCUUCUUUUAAGAAAGCAAAAGAGAUGGGACGGGAAGGGUCUACAUUGGCACGACUGCAGGCGCUGGAUUAUAGGCUGGAAGUGGAUUCAAAGGCAUCAUCAAAACCAACCCCCAAUCCUAUAACAGUAUAA